CCCCCCCCCCCCCAUUUUCUCAGAUAUGUGCGGUUGAUGUUGGAGAAAACACGACGCAACACCUCGCCUCCAUCACAUCUAGUUGAUAGAGUUGAUGAGAGUAUAGAAUUGGAAUAAAUAUUAUUGACUCUCAUGGUGAAUAGAUUACAAUAUGCAUAUAGAUGAGUAGAUAACUAAACAUAAUUCCUAAACUAAUAUGGAAUAUUAAAGAUAAGUUCUCUAUUCUAAUAUAUUGAUGUAUAUCUUGGAUUUGGGUCGAUCUUCUAGAUCUCUCAAUACCCUUCCGCAAGCUCAUACGUGUGACACAUCACACGUGUGAGAUUGAAUAUAUCUUCAAAGUAUGGUAGCGCGGCUUGUUAAAGCAGCAUUAGAAGUGGUUAUCUGAAAAAAAAGCAACAGCUAUUUGUAGUAGUAAAGUAGUGCUGAAGAGACGGUCUUGUUGUUGUGAAUGAGACAAAGGCGGUUUUAAAGAAGCAACAGCUUGAUGAAGCUCGAUUGCUUGAGUAUAAGUAGAAUUUGAACGUUGCUUGAUGACUAUAUAGCUGGCCACCCAUUAAUUCUAUUUUGUAAUAUUUUCUUCGCUAGAGCAGAGAGUUUACAUUUUGAUCCACUGAUAUCCUUUUAUAUGUUUAUAUAAAUUUUCAUACCUCUUUCACUUUGAAUACCCAAAAUAAUUUUGAUUAGUCUUUUAUUGUUCAAGAAAUUCGCUUGCCAAAGAAAAUAAUUUAUACAUUGACCAUAUGCUUUAUUUUUCUUUGUUCCAUAGAAGUCUUUAUUCCCACAUGUAAAUAUUAAUAUGAUACCCACGUCUAAAUAUUGGUAUGACAUUUACUUAUACAAAUAUCAAAUAAUUUUCCUCCCACAUUUUAAUAUCCAAAACGCAUUUGACCAAGUUCACAACGCAUUUGACGACGUCUCAAGAAUUUUUCUGACGGGCAAUCGCGUGAGACCGAGUAGUUAAGGCAUCUGAAAGCUUAUAAAUAGCGAUCUCUUCUCCCUGAUCCGACCAAUGACUUCCCCAGACAGGAAAGGUAAGGCAACGACAACAGAGCAAUCCUCCCCACUUCCUUCGCUUCCAGAUGAUUUGCUGUUGACCUGCUUCGCACGCGUCUCCACAUUGCACUACCCAACACUCACCCUCGUCUCCAAAAGAUUUCAAUCACUCAUCGCCUCACCUGAGCUAUACAAGAUCCGAUCCACACUAGGCCGCACCGAGAGUUGCCUCUAUGUGUGCUUUGGGUCCGAUCAUGACCCUAACCCUCUCUGGUUCACUCUCUGCCUGAAACCUGACCGAAACGUGAUUAACCGGUCAAGUGGGAAUGUUUUGGUUCCAACCUCAGUUUCCCAUUCUGCUCCUGCGCACUGGUCUGGUCUUAUUAGCGGACCUUCCAAUGAUAUCUACAACAUCGGCGGCCCCCUUGAGGAUGCUCCAUCCUCAAGCGAGCCGGGAAACAUGUGGGUGGACCCAAUGGUCGAUGUCCUUGAUAGAAAGAUAUACCUAACAAGAGGCUGCAAUCCAAACACUCGAACUUGGGACCCUGAGGGGUCGACCCCUCACGCUUUUGUAAGCUUAGUGGUUAGAAAAAAAGUUUACAUGUUUGGAUCCUCUGGCGAUUCGGUUUACAAACCCAAAAACGGUCAAUGGGAAAGGUUUUGGGGUUGGAAACCGAGUUUGGGAUGGUUUUCCUGUUGCGUGGUUGAAAAGGUACUGUACCGUUAUCGUUCCGAAGAGUUCAAAUGGUAUGACACCAAGGCAGGGCACUGGAGGAAGUUAAAGGGUUUGAAAGGACUGCCUAAGUUUGUCAGUUAUGGUUUUCAGUUGGUUGAUUAUGGUGGAAAGUUGGCGGUUGUGUGGGCCGAGCUCGUGCCUAACGGUGGCGAUAAGAAAAAGGUUGUUUGGUGUGCGGUAAUUACUCUUGAGAGGCCUAAGAGUGGCGAUGAGAUUUGGGGGGAGAUCGAGUGGUGUGACGUGGUGUGUACAGUCCCCAAGUCAUAUCAAUUGGAGUAUGCUCUUGAUGCUACUCUCUGAUCAAUCACAUACCAUAACAGGUGACUUUUUUUUUUUUUUAUUAUUUACUAAUUGUGGAUUCUCCUGCAAUUAACUUCAUUUAACUUGUAUCUUUCAUAGAAAAGAAGAACCAAAAAAAGAUAUUCAUUUGAUUCAAGAGUGUUUUGCCUUGAACUGUACAAUAAAAUAAUUGUCUCUGUUUCUUUGUGAUUCAAUGAAAAUGUGUCGUAAUAUUUGGCGUCUAGA